UACCGAGAACCUUCGGAUAGAAUUUUCCAUCAUGAAACCCCACCAACGGCAGAGCCGGUCUAACAUGGACGUUUCGAACAAACAAUCGCCACUGCGCCCAGGAACACACCCUCUGGAACCCGAUGGCAGUCCAUGUCCCGUAAGAGGAUCACUACCUCAAACGCCCAGAGACAGUGGUGCACCUCAUGGCUUGAAACGAGCGCCGCAGCAAAGAAGCCAUUCACCUCACCAAGGAACACGCCGUCUGGAACCUGAUGGCAGUCCAUGUCCUGUAAAAGGAUCACUACCUCAAACGCCCAGGGACAGCGGUGCACCUCAUCGCUUGAAAGGAGCGCCGCAGCAAAGAAGCCAUUCACCUCACCUAGGAAUAACGUCACCAGCGUCACCGGGGAACAUACAUAGGGAUAGCCCUUUGCGUUUCAAGAAAUACGUGUGGCCCGCUCCCGAAGGAUUCGGUAGCCCCGCCUCACCUUCACCAGAUGCCAUCCAGCUUACCCCAUCCGUUACUCCUGCAACAUCAGAACAAGCUUCGAGGACAACGAGCAAACCCCUGAGCCGUUCCCCGGAGCGUCGGAACAUGGCGUAUGCCAUCGUCGUAUUAGCCGUCAUUGUCGGCGCGCUUCUACUCGUCGUCGUGACCAAGCCUUUUGCCUCGCCUCAAAUUAAGGCGUGCAGGACAGAGACGUGCAACAAGUUCGCCGCGAUCGUCGCACUCGUCAACAACUCCGGCGACCCAUGCGAGAACUUUUACCGCUAUGUCUGCGACAGUUGGCAGGGCCAGGACGACAAAUCGGUGCGAAAGGACCAGUUGAACCUGUACAUACGCUACACACUUGAAUCAGCUAGCCGGAUAGUAAUACCAACCUCAGGCCAGACGGGUGAUCAGAAGGCAGUCUCCUUUUACAAGUCUUGCAGGGAUGUCAUCGACGAGAAGAGGAACCAAGUACCGGAGAUAAAAAAGAUUAUGCACGAAGCGAACCUCACCUGGCCGCACUUCACUGAACACCACAGCUUGUUCGAAGCCAUGUUUUGCUCAGAGCGAACGCUGGAAAUGCCUCUGCUGAUCGACAUUAAGUCAAACUCCAAUUCAACUCACAGCAUAGUAACGUUUAGUACACCGGGUAACCUGAAACAUGUUCUAGUCGGUCGGGAGAAGCUUAUGAAAAGAGGAGACUACAGUGAUUUCCUGGCAGUCCUCAUCAAGCAUUUCGCUGUCCCGACAAAGUCACCGAUCACGGCCACAGAGCAGCGAGAUAUUGAAAAGAAGGUACACCUGUCAUCACUGCACGUCGCGCUGUCAUCGCCGGCCUCGACUACAACUGCAAACCUUACCUACAAUCUCAGCGAAGUACGAUGGCCAGGAUACGACCAAGACCGUUGGAAGAAAGCCUUCGCAGAGCACUUGGGAAUUCCCGUUGACGUUAACGGGGUACAAAUAAUCAUCGUUGAAGACGCGUACAUUAGAUUGCUUCGCCUGACACUACAAGACGUCGGAGAGAGCGCGCUACAAUUCCUCGCGGGCUAUUUGAUGGCCCUACACACCUCGGAGUUCGCCAAUAUAGAGCUUAUGCAAAACUACAAACGCUUGUCCGAGCAGGGAACAAGAGAUGCGGCUAUAAGUCAUUUCAUAGCCUUAUGUAAAGAUGUAGUGAUGUAUUACAUGGGCAGCGGUUACAUCCACCCUCACGUCUUGAACUGGCCCACAGCUGAAGAAAUGCGUGAGAUCGUCGACAUUGCCGGCAACGUGGAAAAUUCCUUCAGAGCAAAGUACAAUGUCGUGAGCAGCGUAAGACUCGUCGAUUCCGCUCGCGAUUUUAUUGAUAAACAAAGAAGGCUCGAUAUGAAAGAGAUUUACAAGAACUACAGUGACAUGGGCCCAGAUUUUGUAAAGAACCUGCGAGCAGCUAUUUCGGGCUUUCGGAACUCGCGGAGGGAAAAUAUCAGACUACCAUACAUGAAUAUUAUGGAUUUUAAGGAUUCUCCGUUGUUCUAUUUAAACAAGGACGAGGAGGAGCUUUACUUCUACCCCUACGCGUUCGUGUUUCCAAUGUACGACGUCCAUGGCCCCCUCGUGAGUAAAUACGCUGGAAUCGGGGCAGGGCUGAGCUACGGCUACGCGAAGAUUGCUUUAAGUGAUCAGUUCCAAAUGAACGUUACCUGCAUGACGGAUGCGAAUCCGCACAUGGAUGUCCCAACGAAAAACAUGUUUAUUCGCUCUUUGGCCGUCGAAGAAGCGUGGAGCAGUUUCAAGAGGGCAGACACCGGAGACGACGCAAACAGACUGAAGGUAUCCGCCUUCUCUGAGGAUCAGCUCUUCUUCGUGUUCUUUUGCCACCCCUUGUGCAGAACGGACAACAAAUGGGAGGCCGCGUGCAACGUGCCCUUAAGGUUCAGUGCGACAUUUAGUACCGUCUUCGCAUGUCCUGAGACGAGCUUGAUGAGGGCUGAUCCACUUUGUGUGUCCUCGCAGGCCGUGCAUUAGUUAUUUGCUCUAACCUGCGCCUAUGUGUUGUCUUAUCGCAGUGGAGCAAUAAAUUACUGACCUUA